AGUGGCUUUUACACAGGACAUCAUUGUUUAUGUCAAGAACAUGUCUGUAGAACCAGACCAGAAGUUGACGUCCUUGCCUGGCCCACAUUCUGUGCUCGACGUGAAUAUUGGUGUACUUAAAGUGGCUGGUCUAUGGCCUAAGCGUCCAUACGGUCUGUUCGCCAUCUACACUGCGUGGAUAUACCUGACGCAGUGGGCUGUAUUCGCACUGGACUCCAUGUCGCUAUAUUACUACUGGGGUAACCUUAAAAUGAUAACUGCUGUCUUCUGCAACCUUACGUCUAUAACAGCUGGAAUUAUUAAAAUGACUCAUUUCUUCAUGUACAAGCCCAAGUAUUACAUGCUCGUUAACAAACUGGACGCACUGGUCGCUUCCCAACAACGGAUUACCGAUCCAAAUGUAUUUUCAAAGUCAAUUUUGGUUCAAACAAGCAAACUGAAUAAAUACUCCACCUACAUCAUUGUGACAUACGGAAAUCUGGUUGGGGUGCCUUGGAUUGUGCUGCCUUUCGUGAUGGACAGUGGAGAGACAGAAAGGACCCUUCCAGUGGUGGAGUGGUACGGCAUACGGCAAGACAAAUCACCCCUUUUCGAAACUGGCUACGUCCUCCAGUGCCUCACCAUAAUGUACUGGUUUUUCGCAAGCUGGGGUCUGGACCUCUUCUUCGGUGCACUCAUGAUUCACCUGGCCGGCCAGUUUAAGAUUCUCAAUAACCGCAUUGCCAAUGUGGGGCGAAAAGAAACCGCUGCAUUUAAUAGCACAUCUACUGGAGAAACUGAAAGGAAAAUAAUGAAUUUCAACAGAGAUGUAGUCUCUAGAAAAACUCCUGUUCAACAGCAAGAGGUCACAUUGUACAGUGAACUCCGGAAUUGCAUCAUCGAUCACCAAGAGAUGAUAAGUUUCAUGACCGAUCUGGAGCAGACAGUCAACUUCGUAGUCCUCGUUCAGUUCUCGGCGGGAACAUUGGUCAUCUGUGUGAAUCUGUUCCAGGCUGCAUUGAAUGUGCAGGACUUUUCUUCGGUGCUCAAAGUUUGCAUGUAUAUGUUUGAGCUUAUACUACAGCUUUUCAUAUACUGUUGGUGCGCUCACGACGUUAUGGUGGAGAGCGAGCGCUUGUCCACAUCAGCGUACUUCAGCGAAUGGACGGGCGCACCACGCCGUUUCACCACAGCACUGCACAUCCUCAUGGCCCGUGCUCAGAAACCGCUUACCGUCUCCGCAGGCCGUAUAUACACCAUCAAUAGAUCAACUUUCGUCUCGCUUAUCAACGCCUCAUAUUCCUACUACGCUAUUCUGCGCCAGAUGAGCGAUCGCUGAUGACAUAGCAGUUUCGUGAAAAACUGGACAUGAAUAAAGGUGACAUGAUUGUGGAGGUCCGAAAUACACAGCGAAAUAACAAGCCAAUUUGGAAU